AUGCCAAUUCCGAUUGUGGACUCGCAUGUACACCUCUUUCCAGCGUCGCACCUGCCAUCGCUAGCCUGGUAUGGUCCCAAUAGCCAUCUAGGAUCCCAGCACUGCGUAGACGAAUACCGUCAAGCAACCUCAUCCACCCCAAUCGUCCCAGAUUCAACAAAACCCCUCUACCUCCGUGGUUUCAUCCUCAUUGAAACGGACCGGAUCUCAUCAGUCGAGGAAUCGGGUGAUGGCUGGAAACAUGUCCUCGAUGAGGUUGCCCUUCUCGCUCGGAUUGUUCGCGGAGAACCCGUCGACGGGGACCAAUAUCGCCAUGUAGAUCGUCCCCCUUGUUUAGGAAUUGUGCCUUGGGCCCCGGUGCCUGGUGGUGCUGCCGCCCUGGAGAGGUAUAUGGAUAAGGUGAAGGACAUGUCUGGGACGGACGAUGUGUGGAGGAGAAUUCGAGGAGUGCGGUAUCUGGUCCAGGAUAAGCCGUCUGGGCUGAUGCUGCAGCCAGGGUUCAUUGAUGGACUGAAAUGGCUCGGUAAGAAGCAGUUGACAUUCGACUUGGGAAUAGAUGCGAGACAAGGAGGAUUGUGGCAGUUGCGAGAAGCUGUCGAGAUGAUGGAGCGGGUUUAUGAGGGCGUGGAUGAAGAAGACCAAGUGGUGAUGGUUAUCAACCACCUCUGUAAGCCAAAUAUACGCCUUCCAUACACAUCCUCCGAGUCCAUUACUUCUCAUCCAGACUUCCUGGAAUGGAAAUCACUUAUUACCGCCAUGGCACAGCACCCCAAAACAUACAUGAAGCUCUCUGGUGGCUUCUCAGAAUUGCCAUUGCUCACUCCAGCUUCCGAACCUGACAUUUCCUCCCUCGUCGAGAGACUCCAUCCGUGGACCGAUGCAGUAUUUGAUGCAUUUGGUCCUAAUAGACUGAUGUUUGGUUCGGACUGGCCUGUUUGUAAUCUUGGGGGAGGCGGGAACGAUGUUACUUGGAGACGAUGGAGGACUAUAGUUGAGGGCAUUUUGGAGAGACGUGGGUUGAGUGAAGAGCAGAGGAGAGGUGUCUGGGGAGAAGUUGUAGUGAAAGCUUAUGGCAUUGAGAUUGAAGGACUGUAA